GUAUUUUCCAUGUCUUGCGACGAGGCCGUAUCGGUGGAAGAGCUGACGGCGCUCGUGCAAGCCAUCAAGUUUGCGCACCCGGAGUUCACGGUCAAGCAGGUGCACUCACAAGUGCUCUCGCAUGAAGGCAAGUUCGCCACCGUGCCUGUGGCGCGUGUGAAGAAGUACCUCAAGAAACUUGGAUUAACGGGUGACUUGUCUGCGUCAAGUGGAGACAAUUCCACGACUGCACCCGUGUCUUUGAUGACAGUGGGUGGUGAUUCCAAGUCUCAGGUUUAUACAGCACCACCUGCCUCAUCCUCUGCCCAAGAAGACGACGACUCGCAUUGGGCUGCUGUGCCUCUCGACGUCCCGGCCAUGCAAGUGUCGUCGCAUCCCCACCAAGCCGUGAUUCGCAUGACCGAAGCAACUACCGCGGGGUCAUCCACGGGUGCAUUGGGUGAGAUCUACAAGAUCCAGAAAGCCAUGGCCACCGACGGAAACGACGAAAAGCUGCCCAUGCUAAUGUACAACAAAGACCGAUCUCGCAAGACGUUUCUGCAUCCAACUUCGACGGUCGGGUACGACGCAAUCAGUGCCUGGAUCGAUCGCGUGGGAGCUAGUGGCGUCGGCGGUGGCACGAAAGCGUACUUUUACGGUCGCCUCGGUCGCACAUCAGUGGCGUCCAAGCUCGUCUUUGUUAACGUGCACACUCUUGCCCCAUCUCAGCCAUGGUGAUGCCGUGAAGCCAACUUGUCCUCCUAUUCUUCUAGUUCUGGUUAAGUUGGUGAGUUUUUGCUAGUUUGAAAAGUUUUCGAGUACUGGCGUGUGUACUCAUGGUAAACCCAAUUUGUUCAAUGUAUCGCUAGCCGGCGCCCACGUGUUCAUGUUACA